AUGGUUCGCUGGCGGCAACCGAUAGACUCGGAUGAAACCUUUGAGCUCGAACACCAGGCGGCACUGCUGCGCAAGUCUUCCGAUACUACUCCGACAUGCCCUCGCAACGCGCUACUCUCCUAUAUCCGGCCCUGCGUCAAGUCGCGAGGCGCGAAAAAGAGAAGAUCUGGCUAUCGACGCGCGCUCCGGUUCACAGCGCUGCUAGUUGGAGGAUUUGUCCUCGUCUCGCUUCUCGAGGGCGUACUCUUCCCGUCGUAUCAGCGACCGCCACGGCACUACCACGAACUACGCCAAGCGAUACUUGCGUCGACGCGAUCGGGUCGAGGGAAUCAAGAAAAUGAGAAGAUAUUUAUUGCUGCAAAUAUUAUCAAUGAAGAGCUCAUCCGAGGGCCAUGGGGCACGUCCUUGCUGGAGCUGAUUGACAUACUGGGGGAGCAGAAUGUUUUUGUUAGCAUCUACGAGAACGACAGUGGGAUUGGAACGCGCAAUGCGCUGCGCGAGUUACAGAAAAAACUACCAUGCGACCACCUCUCGCUAUCAGAAUUGCCCAAGGUCACAACACCGUCCGGUGAACAUCGCGUCAAGAGGAUUGCAUAUCUUGCGGAGGUGCGCAACCGAGCGCUUCGGCCGCUCAACGGCAGCUACGUGCCUGACAGCAGGCAAGUGGGCUUCCGGCACACGAGCACAAAGUUUGACCGGGUCCUAUUUUUGAACGACAUCUUCUUCUCGGCGGAGGAGGCCGCACAGCUAAUAUUCUCAACCAAUCAUGGACAAUAUCGCGCGGCCUGUGCGGUGGACUUUGUAUCCAAGGUGAUGUUUUACGACACGUUUGUGGUACGGGACAAGGAGGGAUAUGGGAUGGGUCUGAUGUUUUAUCCGUGGUUCUCGUCGUCAGGGUCUGCCCAGAGCCGGCGAGCAGUCUUGGCGGGGGAGGAUGCAGUGCCGGUUCGCAGCUGCUGGGGCGGACUGGCGGCAUUUGACGCCGCAAUGUUCCAGACCGCAGAUGCUCAGCGGGGCGGGUAUGCGCUAGCGCUACAGUUCUCAUACACAGCGGAAGCAUUCUGGGAGGCGGCGGAGUGCUGCCUGAUCUUUGCAACGAUGGAGCAGGCCCACGGGUCAGCGCUGGCGGCAGGCGGCUCGGGGGUCUAUGUGAACCCGUUUGUGCGGGUGUCGUACACGGCGGGCACCUGGCGGUGGCUAGGGUUCUUCCGGCGGUUCGAGCGCGCCUUUCGCAAUCUUCAGUACCUUGUCAGCAGGAUUGGGUACCCGGAAUACAACCCUCGCCGGCGGGACGAGCCGGGGCAGCUGGUGCAGCAUCGCGUGUGGACGACCGGCGCGGCCGGGGGUGGAGGCGUCGUACACGCAGGACGCGGCGGCCGCAGCAGUGGGUCGUUCCACACGGUCGAGCGACGAGCGGGCCUGGGGGGGUUCUGUGGGCAGCGACGCAUGUUCCUGAUGAAGUCGGACGUGCAGGCGGCGAACCGGCGGGGGGAGAAGAACUGGGAGAAAGUGCCUGUGCCGGGGAGGUAG